UGUCCCCGCUCGGUGGCCAUGCUGCGGUGCCACGUUGUCGCCGCCCGCAUCCCCGGGGCCACCGGCUUCGGUCCCGGUGUCCUGCUCUCCGUCUCCUUCCGAGGUGUCCCCAGGAGAACCCAGGUGGUGCCCGAGGAGCGCAGCCCCACCUGGAACGAGGAGCUGGCGUGGCCGCUGGACGCGUGUCCCCUGAGUGCCACCGACGCGCUGGCCCUGCGCCUGCGGCGAGGGGACUGCCCGCUGCCCCAGGGGGACCUGGGCGCCGCCACGGUGUCGCUGGGCGAGCUGGCGGCCACCCCCAGCCUGCCGCUGGCCCUCGGGGACAUCCCGCUGCUGGACCACCGCGAGCGGCCCACGGGGUGCACCGUCACCCUCUGCUGCUACCACGGCCCGCGCGGGGACGUCGCUGUCACCAGCGAGCAGGACCAGGUGGCCCUGGAGCCGCCCGCGGUGGCACCCGCCGACAGGAAAGAGGAUUUCCAGGUCCGGGUGAGGGUCAUCAGGGGCCGCCAGCUGCGGGGCAAUGGCAUCAGGCCCGUGGUGCGGGUGCAGAUCGGGAAGCGCCACUUCCGCAGCCGCAGCCGCAGCGGGAACAACCCCUACUUCGACGAGGUGUUCUGUCAGAAUUUCCGCAUGACGCCCGAGCAGCUGGUGGCACAGCCCAUCCACAUCCAGGUGCUCCGUUCACCAAACAUCUGCACCAAACCCGUCAUCGGCAUCUUCGAGCUCGACAUCGGCACCGUCUACUCUGCCCCAGGGCGCAGCCUGAGCGGGAAGUGGCUGAGCCUGCAGCACCCGCGGCUCCGCGACGGCCGCUCGCAGGGCUGGCUGCAGGUCAGCCUGGUGGUGCGCCGAGCCGGAGAGAGCGCCCAGGUGAGCCCCGCGCCCCGAAAUCCCCCAAAAUCCCCGAUGGGGCGUCCCCGCGCCGCCACCUCCAUCCCUGCACGCCAGGAGCAGGAGGUGCCGGCGGGGGACGAGGAUGUGGAGGCCAACCUGCUGCGGCCACCGCCGUGCGCCGCCACGCUGCAGAUCCGCGUGUUCCGCGCCGAGCUCCUGCCGCUGGGUGGGGACACCGGGGAUUGGGGUGGGGACAUCGGGAAUUGGGGUGGGGACACCGGGAAUUGGGGUGGGGACACCGGGAAUCGGGGUGGGAACUCCGGGGAUUGGGGUGGGAACAGCGGGGAUUGGGGUGGGGACAUCGGGAAUCGGGGUGGGGACACCGGGAAUUGGGGUGGGGACAUCGAGGUUAGGGUGGGAACCUCGGGAAUUGGGAUGGGGACAUCGAGGUUAGGGUGGGAACACCGGGAAUUGGGGUGGGGACAUCAGGAAUUGGGGUGGGGACAUCGGGGAUUGGGGUGGGAACCUCGGGAAUUGGGGUGGGAACCUCGGGAAUUGGGAUGGGGACAUCGGGAUGUGGCGUUGGGACAUUGGGGUUUGGAAUGGGGGUGGUUUUGGGGACCCCCCCUUUCCCAUCACAAGGUGGGCAUGGGGGAAUUUGGGGCAAAGGGUGGAUUUGGGGACCCCCCCUGCUCACCACAGAGUGGGAACACUGGGAUUUGGGGGCAAAGGGUGGAAUUGGGGACCCCCCUGCUCACCACAGAGCAGGAGCUGGGGGUGGUUCGGGGUGGGGGUGGCUCUGGGGACCCCCCCAAUGUCGCUGCUGGCCAUCCCCGCGCAGCGGAGCCGCGCCUGGGCGGCGCCGCGGGCUCGCUGAAGGCGUCGGUGCGGGUCGGCUUUGCGGGCAGGACGCUCUGCACCCGCUGGGUGCCCGCCGAUGCCAGCCCCGAGUGGAACGAGGUUUUGUUCUUCCCCCUGCGGCUGCCCCCCAUCUGUGACGAGAUCCUGCUGGAAAUCCUGCGUGGGUCGUGCCGCAGCAAAGCCGUGGGCAGGGCCACCCUGAGGCUGUCCCAAAUCUCCCGGGACCCCGACGAGCUCGAGGAGGGGACCCCCGGGUUUUUCCCCUCCUUCGGGCCCAGCUUCCUGCCCUUCUACGGCCCCCGGGAGGACGCGGCCAGGGACUCGGGGCCGGUCUAUGGGGGCCGCCUGCUGCUGGAGCUCUGCACCCACCCGGGGUCCCCCCCCGGCCGCCCCCGCGACGCCGCGGCCCCGGUGGACGCCGAGCGGGCGCAGAGCCGCCUGCCCCGCUGCCGCCUGGGGCUCUGUGGGGUUUUCUACUCGGCCACCAUGGUGCCCGGCGGCCCCGAGGCGCUGAGCCUGGAGCUGGGCAUCGGCUCCGCCGCGGCCGCCACCGCGCCCGCCCUGCCCGCCUUCGACGGGAACCUCUACCACCACCUGCCGUGGUUCCGGGACAAGCCGGUGGUCGCUGUCACCUCGCUGUGGGAGGACGCCGGGCACCGCUGGGACAGCCUGAACCUCCUGCGAGCCCUGUGCCAGCGCCUGGAGAGGAACCUGUCCGAGCUGCAGGGACACCGCGGGGACAGCGCCGGGGACAUCGGGACAAAGCUGCUGCAGGAGCUGGAGCAGGACUGCGAGGCCGCCCUGCAGUGCCUGGAGGAGCAGCCCGCUCUGACCGCCCUGGACCAGCAGCUCCGGAGCUGCCGGCGCCGCCUCCUGCGGCGGCUGCGGAGCGAGGCCGGGGCCGGUGGCGGGCACGGGGACACCCUGGCGACAGUGGCCCAGGGCUGGCUGCGGCAGGCGGCCGCGCUGGCCGUGGAGGUGACACCCAAAACCCCAAAACGGGACAAAUCCAAACCCCACAAGGCUGAGGCUGGGAGUGUCCAGGCUCCCUGUGGGGCCGUUCCUGUCCCCGUUGUGGCACCGCUCUCACCCCUGUCCCCUGUCCCCGUGUCCCCGCAGCCGCAGGCCGGUGUCCCCGACGUGCAGCUGUGGCUGCUGCGGGGCCAGCUGCGGGUGGCCUCGGCCCGUGUCGCCGCCACCGAUGUCCUGCACUCGCCGCGCGGCCCCGGCGCCUGCGGCCGCCUCUGCGGGAGGAUCCUCACCCUGUUCCUGGUGGGAGCUCCCCUGCCGUCCCUGCGUGUCCUCCUGGUGUCCCCUGGUGUCCCUUGGUGUCCCUCCGUGUCCCCUUGGUGUCCCUUCGUGUCCCCUCGGUGUCCCCACAGCCCUUCGUGUCCCUCCAUGUCCCCCUUCCUCUCUGCUCCCUGUCCCCUCCGUCCCUGCUCCAUGUCCCCUCCACACCCCCUCUGUCCCCUCCGUGUCCCCUCCGUGUCCCCAUGUCCCCCUGGCUGCGGGGACAGCCAGGCGCAGGUGCGGGUCCGGCUGUGGCUGGGGCGAGUGGCCGAGAGCGGCGAGCUGGCCGCGCUGCUCGGGGGGAGCCUGCGCUUCUACAGCGAGACGUACGAGCACCAGACGCGGCUCUUGGGGAAAUGGGGCCCCCGGGGGCUUUUGGGGCGCCCCGCGUUCUCCGACAGCUCCGGCCGGGCCGCGCCCCCCCCGGACGAGCUGCGGCCCCCCAAGGGCUGGCGCUGGGACGGGCCCUGGAGCGUGGAGCGGCCGCGGCGGGUGCCGGCGCAGGGCGCGGGGAGCGCGGUGCUGGAGGAGCUCUACGAGAACCAGAGCCGCGACCCCAGCGGGGGCUGGGCCAGCACGGCCACCACGGACGCCAAGGGAGUGGCGGUGCCACCGAAGGAGGAGGUGGCCUGUCCCCAGGGCUGGCGUGUCACCAGUGACUGGCACGUGGACGUGGAGGGGACCGAGGAUGAGGACGGUUGGCAGUACGGGGUGGGCACGGAGGAUGGCGGCCCCCCGGCAGCGUGGCACAGCAAGGGACAGCAGUGCCACACGCUGCGGCGCCGGCGCUGGCUCCGGGUCCGCCACAGGGACAGCAACAGCUGGACACAGGAGCAGGACACGGACACCCUGGACCCCGAGGAGCUGUGGGAGGACGAGGCCUGGCAGCCCGAGUGCUUCUGGGGCUGCUCCUUCCAGCCCCCGGUUCCGGCCGGUCCCCGGUGCCGCCGGCGGCGCUGGCAGCGCAGCCUGGUGCCCGCCGAGCCCGCGGCCGUGGCGCCGCUCUUCCUGCUCCAGGGAGCCCCGGACACCGAGGAGCCGGCCCAGGACGGUGCAGCCGCGGUCCUGCAGCAGCCGCCCGUCUUCAUCCUCUGCAGCUUCCAACGGCCCGGCCGCUUCCAGCUCCGCUGUUACAUCUUCCAGGCGCUGGAUCUGGCGCCCGGCGGCUCCAGGAUCUCCAUAGAUGCCGCGGCGCAGGUGUCGUUCGUGUCCCGGAGCCAGCGCACGCGGGCGGUGCGCGGCGCGCUGGACCCGCGCUGGGAGCAGACGCUGCUCUUCGCCGGGGUGCCGCUGUGCGGGGACCCCCGGGGCGUCCCGCGGGACCCCCCCGCCGUGGUGGUGGAGGUGUGCGAGCAGCGGGGACAGGGCCCCGCGGCGCUGCUGGGCCGGUGCGUGGUCGCCCCGCGGGUCUGGCUGGACGCGGCGCUGCGGGAGCCGCCCCGGCUCCAGCCCCACCCGCUGCGGGGCCCGCGGGGCGCGGCCGGGGAGCUGCUGGCGGCCUUCGAGCUCCUGCACGAGCCCGAGGACGGGUCCCCGGCUCCGCUCAGCCCCCCGCCCCUGAGGAAGGACGGGCUGGGGUUCGGCAUCCCCCCGGAGCUGCGGCCGCGCCUGCAGAGGGUGGCGCUGGAGGUGCUGGCCUGGGGGCUGCGGGGGCUGCGCGGGGCCGUGCGGGAGCCGCGGCUGGAGCUGCAGUGGGGGGAGCAGAGCCUGUGGACCCCCCCGAUCCAGGACACGGCCACCAACCCCAACUUCCCCAGCAACGCCUUCCUGCUGACGCUGGCGCUGCCCGAGGAGCAGCGCUUCGUGCCGCCCAUCCGCCUGCGGCUCUGGCACCGCGCGGGCUCCGAGCGCCGGCUGCUGCUGGGCCAGGCCAGCGUCAGGGACCUGCGCCAGUACCGCUGCCACCCGCCCGGCCAGCAGCAGCUGCUGCGCCCCGGCGGGCCCGGCAAGGGCCCUCACACGGCUGUGGCAAUGCCAGACCAGCUCCUUCCCGCGCGGGUCCCCUGCAGCCCCUGCAGACGCUGGUGGUGCCUGCUCCUGGCCACAGCCCCGGCCAGGAUGGCUCAGGGCCUGCUCGGCUGCCUGAGGAACAAGCGGGCUGAGGACGAGUACGAGGAAGACGAGGAGGAGGAGGAGGAAGAUGAUGAUGAUGAUGAGGAGGACGAGGAUGAGGACGAGGAGGACGAGGAGGAAGAGGAGAGGGACUGGUGGAGCAGAUUCUACGCAUCCAUGGAGGACAAGGACCCCAAAUCCCCGUGGAGAACCAACGGGGACAGACUGAAGAUCUACGGCUGCGAGCUGGAGGCGGUGCCCGAGUUCCAGGGGCUGCAGGAUUUCUGCCAGACCUUCCCCCUCUCCAAGCCCGGCCGCGCCGCCGAGCCCGUGGGCAGCUUCAAGGGGCUGUUCCGCAUCUACCCCGUGCCCGAGGGGGCGGGAGCGGCCCCCGCCCCGCUCUGCUUCCAGCGGCUGCCCCCGCGCCAGCCGCAGCCGUGCCUGGUGCGCGUCUACGUGGUGCGAGCCUUCGACCUGUCCCCCCGCGAUGUCACCGGCCUGAGCGAUCCCUACGUGCGGGUGGCGCUGGGCAAGAAGACGCUGGGGCAGCGGGACCAGUACGUGCCCAACACCCUGGAGCCCGUCUUUGGCAGGAUGUUCGAGCUGACGGCCACCAUCCCCCUGGAGAAGGACCUGCGGGUGACAAUCAUGGACCACGACAAGGUGCCACCGGACCAGGAGAUCGGCAGCACCACCAUCGACCUGGAGGACAGGCUGCUGUCCCAGCGCCGCGCCCACUGCGGGCUGCCCGCCCUGUACCACACCGCGGGCCCCGCGUGCUGGCGGGACCAGCUGUGCCCCAGCCGGGCCCUGGAGCUGCUGGCGGGCACCCGGGGGCUGCCCGGGCCCCGCUUCAGCCGCGGGGGCACCGCCCUGAGCCUGAGCGGGCAGCGCUUCGAGCUGCACCACUUCGAGCGGGGCCACCCCCCGGCGCGACACGCGGGGCCCCCCCGGGAGCGCCUGGCCCUGCACGUGCUGAACCUGUGCGAGCUCGUCCCGGAGCACCUGGAGACCCGCGGGCUGCAGAGCCGCGCCCAGCCCGGCCUGGAGCAGGGCAAGGUGCAGAUGUGGGUGGACAUUUUCCCCGCCAGCCUCGGCCCCCCCGGGCCCCCGGUGAACAUCGACCCCCGCAAGGCCGAGGGGUACGAGCUGCGCUGCGUGGUGUGGAACGUGCGGGACGCGGACCUUGGCGACGUCAACCUGCUGGGCCAGCGCAUGAGUGACAUCUACGUGUCGGGGUGGCUGGACGGGCUCCCCGAGCAGCGGCAGCACACCGACAUCCACUACCGCUCCCGGAACGGCAGCGGCGCCUUCAACUGGCGCUUCGUGUUCCCCUUCGAGUUCCUGGCGGCCGAGAAGCUCUGCGCCAUCCAGCGCAAGGAGCACGUGUGGAGCUUGGACGCGACGCUGCUGAAGGUGCCGCCCAAACUCAUCCUGCAGGUGUGGGACAACGACAAGUUCAAGGCGGACGAUCUGCUGGGGAUCCUGGAGCUGGAGCUGCUGCGGCUGCCCCGCCCGGCCCGCAGCCCCCGCCUGUGCCGGGCCACGCCGCCGGAGCUGCCCUGGCUCUCCUGGCCCUGGCUGUCCCGGGCCUGGCUCUGCCUGCCCCGCUUCUCCCGGGGCUGGCUGGCCCGGGCCUGGCUGUCGCUGCCCCGCUGCUCCCGGGGCUGGCUGCCGGUGGCGCGGCUCUCCCGGCGGCUCUCCCGGCGCUGGUGCCGGGCCCCGGCGCUGCAGCGCUCGCCGCUGAACCUGUUCCGCAGGAGAAGGGCCCGCGGCUGGUGGCCCUGCACCGUGCAGGAGGACGGCGGCCAGCGGCUCUCGGGGAAGCUGGAGCUCAGCCUGGAGCUGCUGACGGCGCGGGAGGCGGAGGAGCGGCCGGUGGGGAAGGGCCGGGAGGAGCCCAACAAGCACCCGGCACUGCCCGAGCCCAGGCGCCCCAAGUCGUCGUUCCUGUGGCUGCGGUCCCCGCUGAGCCUCGUCCGCCACGGCAUCCGCUGGCGCUACCUGCUGUGGCUCGGCCUGGGGCUGGCGGCGCUCCUGCUGCUCCUGCUGAUCCACUCCUUCUUCCCGGGCUCGCUCACGGUGAGGGUGGCUGAGCCGCGCCCGCUCCCGCCGGGCACGGAGCGUCCCGGAGCGCAGCGCUGAGGAGCAACCGCCCGGCCCCGCCAUUCCCCGGCUCCGAGCCCCCUCCGGGUGUGCUCGGUGGGUUCUGCGGCCAGGAGGGGAUGGCCCCGCUCCGGAGCCGCUGUCCAUCCACGUUUCCCCCUAACAAAGCCGUGUCCGAGGAGCCCCGGAGCAUCGUUCCCGUCUCUGGCGGUCGGGGGGGACAGGGACGCGCUGAGCCCAGCCCCGAUCCCAAAUCCAGCCCUAACUCCAGCCCCAGCCCCAGCUCCAGCUCCCAAAUUCCUGCCCGAACCCCGAUCCGCCACCAGCCCCCAGCCCAGCGCCAGCCCCGGUCCCCGGAGCGGGGAGGGAGGCGGGAGCGGCGCCGGCCCCGCUGCUCCCGGUGCCGGAUCGCGGCGGGCCGUGGCGGCGGAGAGCCAGCCGGGCUCCCUGCCCGCCGGGCCGGGCCGGGCCGGCGGAAGCACGGACGGACACCGGCCGGAGCAUCCCCCGGGGCGAGUGCAACAGAGACAGCACCGGCACCGAUAAUUCCCGGGAAUGAGGAGGGCGGAGAUCCCCCGGGGAGGGGAAAACGAACACCGGGGCGAGCAUCCCGCCGGGACAACGACGAUGCACGCCGGGGCGAGCAUCCCCCCGGGGAAACGGCUGCGGCCACCGGCAGCCGUGCCCGCUCCGCACCGGAGCCCUGGGCCGACCGUGCCGGGGCAAGGCCGGGCCCCGGCCGGAGCACCCCCGGGGCCGGAGGGCGGAGAUGCCCCGGCCCUGCCCCGGCCCUGCCCCGGGCCGAGCCGGACGCUCCCGGUGACCGGGCCCGGUGCGCCCCGGCCCCGCCCCGCGGAACCCUCCCAGCCAAUCGCAUCGCUCCGUCUCGCUCCGGCCCCGCCCCUCAUUGUGUCCCAACAAUGCAAAACGCGCUAUGCCCCGCCCCUCCUUGGUGGCGCUCGGCUCCCAUUGGCUGCCGCCGAGGGGGGGCGGGGCUAACCUGACUAUAUAAAGCGGCUGCGGGGGGGG